AUGCUCAGAAGGUGCUCCAAUAUCCCUCGUUCGGCCCUCAACCUAUCCAAACCUGCCGUCAGAGCGUUCACAAAACCCUCUCUUCCUGUAUCAGCUUCAGCUUCUCAACUGUCUUCCAAAGACAACGUCCUCUUCGAAUUAGAUGUCAAAAAGGUAGGAAAUGAGAUCAGAAAGAGAGGUUUGAGCGGUGCUCUCAGUGGUCAAAGGGAAGGUGGUAUGGACAGAGACACUAUCAUUCGAUUACUGUACUCUCUCGGAUCACGGCACGAGGUUGAGAGAUACCUUCGUAUCUUUACCCAGUCAUCAAAAGACGCUGCCGCAGGUGGUGUUCUUCCGGAAGCUAAAUUCGCUGUUCUCAAAAUCGGUGGUGCUAUCCUCACCAACGAGCUUGAUGACCUUGCUCUUUCUCUUUCUUUCUUGAACCGACUCGGUUUAUUCCCUGUAGUUCUCCACGGUGCUGGUCCUCAACUUAACGAUAUACUUGAAGCAGAAGGUAUCGUUCCUGAUUACGAGGAUGGUAUUCGUAUCACAGAUCCUAAAACUCUCUAUCGCCCGACGAGUCUUCCUUCAAGAAAAUCUUAA